AUGGCCCACGACAGCUCUGCUAGCCAAACCAGAGCAACAAAUCAUAGGCGCAGUCGCACCAAAUUCACAGACGAUCAGCUGAAAAUCCUCAUCAAUACCUUCAAUCAAAAACCUUACCCGGAUUAUGCCACCAAAGAAAAACUUGCUUUAGAAACUAACACUGAUGAGUCAAGAAUCCAGAUUUGGUUUCAGAAUCGAAGAGCCAGGCACAAAUUGGAGAGAAAAACAGAACUUGAGGAAACUUUAGAAUUGAGCCAAAACCAAGGACAAAUUUGCCCUGCAGAAGAGAAGCAAAGAAGAGAAACCAGACGGUGUCGCACCUCCUUCAGUCCCACGCAGUUACAAACUCUCAUCCAGGCUUUUGCGAAAGACCGUUACCCCGGGAUUGAGCGCAGAGAACAACUUGCUGAAGAAACCGGGGUUCCAGAGUCAAGAGUCCAAAUUUGGUUUCAAAAUCGAAGGUCUAAAUACUAUUCCCAGAGAAGAAAAAAAGAAUGUGAUAAGUCUUUAGAACAAGACCAAGACAAGAUCUCUGAGGGAGAUCAAGGUAUAGAAGAUAUACAAUAG